AUGCUGCCGCCCUCCUCCCUCGAGGACUUGAAUUCGACUCCCUUAACUGGUACCGCAUCCUCGUGCCUGCAAGCAUCCAUGGGCACCUCCUGUUCUCCCAGAAACUCUGCAUCCAGCCUUCAGGCUUUCAAUUUAACCCCCUCGGCCUGCAUGUCCCUUUCUCCGACCAGUCCGACUAGCACAUACCCAGUUGACAGGGUGUGCCAUGAGACUCAGAGGCAGGGCAAUAGAUCCACAGAGUCUGGCCUUAUCGCCUGUCCACCGCAUGCUUUGGCCACACUGACAAGCGCACGUACAAGGACGCGAACACAAACACCGGUGCUGGCGUCGAGUCGAGCCGGAAGCCCGAAACUCUCUGGCCCCCCGACGAGGUCACCAACGCCCAACUCCUUGAGAUUAACUCCAACGGUAACGCCGACACCGACAACAACGCCGACGCCAACACCAACGUCGCUCUCGACCAGCCUGAGCAGCAGCAAUCCCUUUUCUGCAGUGGCAGCGGCCGCUGCCCUCGCAUUGACCGCGAGCGCCGAUGCAACCGGCUACUACAACCACAACCACAACCACAACCACAACCACAGCCACAACUACAACCAAAACCUCAACCACAACCACAACCAGGGGCACCUUAAUCAGCACCAGCAAAUGACGCACCAACAGCAGUCUUCUGCCUACUACAACUACUACUAUGGCCAGCCGCCUAGGAUGGCGGCCGACGAACCCGUCGACUUGUUCCAAGACCCCCACCAGACGCACCAACUGAUGCAUCAACCUCUACCUAAACAUUUGAUUGCGUCGGCCAGAGGCGGUUCGAGUCAGUCGAGCCUGUUGAACGUCCUGCCGCCGGGUCGAGACACACCACCACUGCAUCUCGUCUCGACCUACCAUCCGGAGACGCCCAGCCUUACCUCGGCGAAUGCAUCUGUGGCCGCCAACACGCCAACAUACACGAACGCCAGCGCCAGCCAGUCUCCGGCGGCCCUAGGACAAGCCAGCUCGCCCCCUUCACCGUCUGCCUCGCAGACGCCCGGCGCCUCUUGGGAUCUACUCUACCCCAACCCGACAUGCUAUCCUCCCUCGGCGGGGGGCCGGUACCUCGGCGCUGGGGUAUCAUGUAAACGUCCGAACAACUUGACUCGAACCUCCGGGAGUGUGGCCAGUGGCACAUCGGUUGCCGAGGCAGCCUCGCCUCCCUCCUCUCUGACUCUGGGGCAGAGCCCUUUCCUUCAACAACCGCAUGUUUCCCCAUUCCCCCCUCCACCACAACCGACUCCGCACAACUACUCCUGUCCUCCCGGUAUAAUCCAGCUCCACUCAGCAGCUGCACUCUCGGCGCACACAGAUUCUGUCGCCUCAUUGUCCUCUUCCUCGUCUUCUUCCUCCUCCUCAUCAUCAUCCUCGUCCUCAACCUCAUCUGCCGGUCUCAAC